CCUGUCACAACAAAUCUUUGAUACAUAUUUUGGCGAUUAUUUAAUAUUGUGUUGUGACUGUGCAUAAAAAUGGCUCCCCAUGGGAAAUGCUGUGGCGACGGAGGUCAUCAUCAUGAAGAACCGGGUGAAAUGGGCAUCCAUUACAGCUUAUAUACCAAGAUUAACAAGGAUAAUCUAGAAUGUCUCAAUGAAGUCAGGGAAGGAUCAGGAAAAACAGUUUUUAAACCCUGGGAGGAACGUCUCAACUUCGACUUGUUUGUAGAGUCGGAUGGCGAUGAAGAACUAUUAUUUAACAUUCCCUUUGUGGGAAACGUAAAGUUGAAAGGUAUUAUAGUAAUAGGAGAAGACUCUGAUAAUCAUCCCUCAAAAAUGAGACUGUUUAAAAAUAGACCUUCUAUGACUUUCGAUGACAUAAAUGCAGUACCAGACCAGGAAUUUGAAUUAGUUAAGGAUAAUACUGGUCUUACUGAAUAUGUAACUAAGGUAGUUACAUUUAACAAUGUGAGCCACUUAACAAUGCAUUUUCCGACCAAUUUCGGAGCGGAAACUACUAGGAUUUAUUAUAUUGGCCUUAAAGGCGAAUAUUUCGAGCCGCAUCAUCACGGCGUUACUAUUUGUACGUACGAAGCGAGGCCAAUGUCGCAGGAUCAUAAAAAUCCUCUAGAAGAAUUCACCCAAUCUAGGCUGGGACAGUAAGAAUAUCUUUUCCAGUACUUAGAGUUGUUUAACAGCAUUUGUUAUAAUUUGUGAUGUUUAAAACCUAAAAUUUUAUUACCUGUUUAGUUUCAAGUGUUAAUAAAUAAUUUGUAU